AUGUCCCCCGCCGAAAAGUCAGCGCCCAAGUCCCGCAAGCGCAAGUCAGACGCCGCUACCGAUGGUGAUACUACCGCCGCCGAUGCGCCGGCUCCCAAGAAGCAGGCAACCAAAAAGGCUGCCGACAAGAAGGAUCCCCUCCCGGACCUCUCAGAGAUCGAACUCCCGGGCGACGAUGAUAUGAGCGUCGCUGUCUGGGACACGGGUGACAUUGUCCGCACCAAGAUCCGCGCCAUGCUCAAGAAGGAGGGCGUCACAAAGGCAGUCUUCCUCCGCACCAUCGUCAAGGCCGCGUACCCUGCCGGGUCAGACCACAAGAUUGCCCCCAACCUGCUCACUAACUUCAGGAACAAGAAGGGCCCCGCGUCCGGCGACACCAGUAGCGUGUUUAAUGCGGCCUAUGUUUUUUUUGAGAAGCUUCGAGUGAGAGAUGGCAAGCCCAAGACGAAGAUGAGAGAGGAGAUGGAGGAGGAGUGGCUUACUGGCAUGGACACCAAGCAGCAGCUGGAUGGUUGGGUUACUUGUCUCGCCGGUGAGAAGCCUCACAUUGACAAGUACGGCAAGACUCGUUUCCACUAGCCGUAGGAGGCUGUGUAAUUCACGAUUUUGACUUUAUGCUUCCUUUUCUCUUGCUUCGUUUAAGCAUGUUUUCUUUGGGAUAUUAAGGGCAUAAUCUGGGCUAGUGCGAAUGAUCACAAUCUAUUAAGACGAAUCAUAUCAUUGCAUGUUGAUCUA